UAAAAACCAACCUCCACCCACCACCCACCACCCAGCGUUAUAAAAUGAUGAUCAAAUUGCAGAACCGAGCAAACCUUUGAUUUGAUUUGAUUAAUUUCAUGGAGCAUAGGGCUUUGCUUCGAUUUCUUAUACUCUUUCUGGGCUUCUCCUAUGUUGUUUCCUCCUUACCAAUUCCUCAAUCUUCAGCUUUCCUCAAGUCAGGUUAUGAAGAGUACACACCAAUCCAAGAAUUUAUGGAGCAGGGUUUAAUGGAUGAGAGGAACUAUGGUGGAAAAGGGUUAGAGUUGGAUGAGGCAAUUAUAAGAGGUAGAAUGGAUAUUGAAACCAAUGACUACCCAGGAACUGGAGCAAACAACAACCAUGAUCCUAGGUCUCCUGGAAGAAGUUGAAUUUGAAUUUUUUUAUACAUGGGUCAACAUAAGCAAGCAGAGAUGUAAUCUUAGUUGCUAGUAUAGGGUUUGGCUUGUUAGAGUGCUCUCUCUCUCUCUCUCUCUCUCUCUCUUCUCUUCUCUGUAACAUAAACUCUGAUCCUUUUGUAUAUUAAACAUGGUUUCUUAUUCUUCCCA